AUGGACGUCGACCCCCAGCCCGUCAACGGCGCGGCAUCACCGCCGCCUCCCCCCAAGCCCGCCGCGAAUCCCUCGGCCCAGAAGAACUUUGCCGUGCCCAUCCCCAACGGCAGCGUGCCCAACGGCAACGUCAACGGCAAUGACGAGGCUCCAGCGCCGCCGCCGCACAAGUCUAACCCCUCCAGCCCCGUGCCCUCGCCCAUUGAGGAUGCCGAGUCUUACAAGACGGCUGGAAACCGCUUCUUCAAGGAGAAGAACUACGCCAAGGCCAUUGAGCAGUAUAGCAAAGCUGUGGAUCUCUUCCCCAACUCGGCAACUUAUCUGAGCAACCGAGCGGCUGCCUACAUGUCAAAUGGCCAGUAUGAGGCUGCCUUGGAUGACUGCAGCCGCGCCGCGGAACUCGACCCAAACAACGCAAAGGUGCUUCUGCGUCUAGCAAGGAUCUACACCGGUCUGGGGAGGCCGGACGAGGCCAUGGCCAUCUUCUCCCGCAUCGUCCCGCCGCCCUCUGCUAAGGACAUGGCCCCCACCCGGGAGAUGCUGCACCACAUCAAGUCGGCCAAGGACACGCUCCAGCGAGGCUCGGCCAUGUCCAUGGUGCUACACGCGCUGGACCAGGCCGAGCGCCUCCUCGGCCCCGGCGUGAGCAAGCCCCGUAAGUGGCAGCUGAUGCGAGGCGAGGCCUAUCUGAAGAUGGGCCGCGAGAACUCCCUGGGAGAGGCUCAGGGCAUCGCCAUGUCGCUGCUCCGCAACAACAACCAGGACCCCGAGGCUCUGGUUCUGCGUGGUCGCGUGCUCUACGGCCAGGGCGAGAAUGACAAGGCCAUCCAGUACUUCCGAAUGGCCUGCAGCUGCGACCCCGACUUCCGGGAUGCCGUCAAGUGGCUCAGGAUCGUCCAGAAGCUUGACCGCAUGAAGGAGGAGGGCAACGCCGAGUUCAAGGCUGGCCGAUGGCAAGCCGCUAUCCAAAAGUACAGCGAUGCCCUGGACAUUGACCCUUCAAACAAGAGCAUGAACGCCAAGCUGCUGCAGAACCGUGCCCAAUGCAAGAUCAAGCUGCAUCAGUACGAAGAGGCCAUUGCCGACUCAGACCGGGCCGUCAGCCUGGACCCCAGCUACACAAAGGCACGCAAGACAAAGGCCAAUGCCCUUGGGAAGACUGGCAAGUGGGAAGAGUGCGUCCGCGAGUGGAAGGCCAUCCAAGAGCUUGACCCGAGCGACAACUCGGUCCGCCAGGAGAUCCGCAGGGCAGAGCUGGAGAUGAAGAAGAGCUUGCGGAAGGACUACUACAAGAUUAUGGGCUUGGAAAAGAAUGCCGAUGCCAACGACAUCAAGCGGGCGUACCGCAAGAUGGCCGUCAAGCUGCACCCUGACAAGAACCCAGGCGACGCUGAGGCCGAAGCCAAGUUCAAGGACAUGCAGGAAGCCUACGAGACGCUCAGCGACCCUCAAAAGAGAGCGCGCUAUGACAACGGCGAUGACCUGAUUGACCCGGCUGACAUGUUCAGCUCUGGUGGCAUGGGCGGUGGCAUGGGUGGCAUCGACCCCGAGAUCCUCUUCAGCAUGAUGGGCAACCAGGGCGGUUUCGGAGGCGGUGGAUUCCGUUCCGGAGGCUUCCCCGGUGGUGCUGGCGGCUUCCCUGGCGGCGCCGGAGGCUUUCCCGGAGGAGCGAGCUUCAACUUUGGCGGUGCUGGCGCCGGGAGUCGCCAGCGAGGCGGCUUCCCUGGUGCCGGUGCUGGGUUCCCCUACUCGUGA